AUGCCUGCCUAUGCCCGCUCUACACCAUUUAUUGCGCUUUUGAUCAUAGGAGUAUUAUUGCUUGUCGAAAUCCAACUGCUCUCUUCUGGUGAUGUAAAGAUGUCUCUGAAUAAGAUGGCCGAAGCAUUCCACGGCUGGCGAUUGUGUAUGGAGAUCCAACUGAACAUGAUAAGGCAAAAGCCUCUGAAGGUCUGGUUGAACUUUCCCAGUAUAACAGCGUUCUGCAGGACUACCACCGAAAUUCGCAGAAUCAAGCACAUCCCUCUGAGAAAUAAUGAUGAGGUUAAGCACUAUAUCCUUAGCCAUGAUAACGAUCCCAGUGUCACCGUUACCCUAGGUGUAGGUACUGAUGUUGGUGCUGAACGACAACUGCAACAUAUGCUUCCAGAGGGUUCGGAAUUCUUCGGAGCGGAUCCUGUAGCGAUGCCAAAUGCUGAAAUUUUCAGCAAAAUUGGAACAUUUUUUCCAUAUGCCAUCAGCAAUCGCUUCGGUCUUUCUUAUUCCACUAUCCGAGCAGACAAUGCGAAUUAUCCAUCCACCCAAAAAGUAAUGUAA